CGUUUUUUUCAGUGAAAUUAUUUAUUUGAUUUUCGAAGAAACAAAAAAAAAACAGUGAACCUACAAAUAAAAAUUUAUAACGAAAAGAUAAAGAAGAUAUUAGCCAAAUUAUAUCAUUAUAAUAAUCGAGUGGAUAUAAAGACGAUGACAGCCUCAUCAACACCAGGCUUAACGACAACACCACCGUCAACAACACUUGUGAUGAAUGGUACUGAACAAUCAGCAACAGCAGCCGUAAUCAUGAAUGGAACUGUGUCUAAACCGUCAACACCCGUUUCAGCUGAUUCAAUGAAUAAUAAUAAUAAUAACAAUAAUAAGAAUUACAAUGUUCCAAAUGGACAUCAUAAUCAUUCAACAAUGAUGGCUAAUGGUGGUAAAAAAGUUUUAACAAAAAUGAUUAAUGGUGAAUUAUCAAACGUUAAAUAUGAUGAAACUGUUAAAUCGAAUGUUGAUUCGCAGCCAACGACUCCUUUACCGGCUUCAACAACUGCAACAACAACAGCGACCCAUUCAACACCAACGGGUCCUAGUGCAUUCAAAGUUCCAGCCGAUAUUACUGUUAAACUUCUUAAAGGUUUUUUCAUUUUGCUGGUACAUUUGAUUGUCACCCUAUAUACCUAUAUUUCAUGGCCAAUCUAUUUCUACAUACAAAAACCAUUUGAAGUAGUGGAAAAAUCCAAAAUGAUUCGAUCGAAACAGAUGGAUCCCGAAGAUCCCAAAUCACCAUGGGUCGGUAUGUUUCCCGAAAAAUGGCCAUUCGUAUUGGAUAAAUGUGAGAAAAUGGAUGAUGUUUGUGAAUAUAUUGGUGAAUAUUUCUCGUUAAAAAAUCGUGCCCUUGGAUCACGUCGUGUGAUCAAAGAAUAUGUUGUUUCUGGUCCAGAUGGCAAAACACCAUUACGUAUCGAUGGCCGUACGGUAAAAAAACUUGAACUGGCCGAUUAUGAAUGGAUCACAUUUGAAAAGAUGAUCGAACGAAAAAAUAAUAUGGCUCACGGUUUUCAUUUGGCUGGUAUUAAACGCAAUGAACCGAUUGUUAUACUUUGUGAAACUUGUGCCGAAUAUUUUAUGGUUCAAUUGGCUAUUGCACGCGCCGGUACCGUACAGGUAAAUGUUUUUGCUACGCUUGGUGAUUCAGGUAUUGCUCAUGCCAUACGAGAAACGAAUUCGAAAUAUAUUUUCACAUCAUGGGAAUUAUUGCCUAAAGUACGAUCGAUUAUUUCGGCUAACGAUUUCGUCAUUAACAAAGUUAUCUACAUUAAUCGUCGUGUGGAACAUGUAACCGAAGAAAUGGAUCAAGAAGCAGCCGAAUUGAUCAAGCCUAUUGGUGAAACACAAUUUGUAUCAUUGGAAACAAUCGAAAAUGAAGGACGAACUCGUGGUGCUGAAGUUGAAGAUCAAUGUAGACCAUUGGGAAAAGAUGAAAUUUCUUAUAUAAUGUAUACAUCGGGAACAACUGGUAUACCGAAAGGUGUUCAAGCUACAUCGUCACAAAUGAUUCAUCUAAUGCGUACGAUAUUACCGGUGUUGAAAAAUGCAAUUGGACGUGCUCAUGAAGAAAUGUAUGUUGCCUAUCUUCCACAAGCCCAUAUAUUCGAAGCAACAUGUGAAUUUUUAGCAUUGGCAUUGGGAGCACCCAUUGGUUUUGCUAAUCCUUUCACAUUGACCGAUUCUGCACCAGGUCUGGCAAAUGGAACAGAAUCUGAUCUGCGUCUAUUGAAGCCUACCAUUAUGAUUGCCGUACCAUUAGUAUUGGAACGAAUGCGUAAAGAGAUAUAUACAAAACUUGAAGCACGAUCUCCAAUUUCAUCUCCAUUAUUUAAUUAUUUGAUGGAUUAUAAAAUUAGAUGGACACAGAAAGGAUAUAAAACACCAGUUGUGAAUAAAUUAUUAUGUAAAAAAAUUCGCGAACAAUUUGGCGGUCAGUUACAUUUAUUGAUUCUUGGUGGUGCACCAUUAUCAGCCAGUCUACAAGCUUUGAUCAAAGCCGCCUUAGAUGUGAAAUUGGUACAAGGUUAUGGUAUGACUGAGACGUUGGGCGCAUGUAUUUGUAUGGACGAAGAUGAUCUCUCAUAUGGCCGUUGUGGUCGACCUUUACAUGGUGUACAUGCAAAACUUGAUGAUUGGGUCGAAGGUGAUUAUCGUGUAACGGAUAAACCAUAUCCUCGUGGCGAACUAAUGAUCGGUUCGAAAGCCAAUUCGCUUGGUUAUCUAAAAAAACCAGAAAUGACAGCCGAAUUAUAUGAAAAAGAUGACCGUCUAGGUAUCACUUGGUUCCGUACUGGUGAUAUAGCCGAAUUACAUCCAGAUGGUACAUUCAAAAUUAUAGACCGUAAAAAAGAUCUAGUUAAACUGGCCAAUGGUGAAUAUUUCUCUCUUGGAAAGAUUGAAUCAAUACUCAAAAAUUGUAGCUAUAUCGAUAAUAUAUGUGUAUUCGGCAAUGCAUUGGCUAACUACUUGGUGGCCUUAAUCAUACCCAAUGCAAAUCGAUUUGGUCGUUUAGCUAAAUCAUAUCGAGUUCCACGUUCGGAAGCAAACGAUGAUGAACGUCUAGUGAAAAUUGUUCUCAAGUCAUUACGUGAAUCAGGCUUAAAGAAUGGAUUGAAAAAAGCUGAAAUACCAACAAAAAUACGUAUUCUAUCGGAUGAAUGGUCACCGGAUAAUGGAAUGUUAACAGCUGCAAUGAAAUUGAAACGUAGUAUGAUUAAAUCAAAAUAUAGCUCAACUAUAGAAGAAUUAUUUCAUGAUCCAGAAAAAGAUACAAAACAAUGAACGAAAAAUGGGGCUGAAUGAUUGAAUUGAUUAAUUAAUAUAUAAAUUGUCAUUGUCAUGUGUUUA